AUGGAGCGCCGUCUUCUGGAUAGGCUUGAUGACGUGGAGAAGGAGCUUCGACGCUCGCGUGCGGGGUCGGCGUCACCAUCAGCUCCUCGCGCUGCUCCCGUCGUCCCUCUCUCCGCGCUCCUGCCCCACAAUCCCUUUGGAUCCCCGGCGCGUUCAGAGCGGCCGCUGCCUGCGGGGAUGGGCUUCGUAGGUGCUGGUGGCGGGCCGCCGUGGGCUCAGUUUGCUCAGCCGCGUCCUCUUCCUGCUCCGCGUGAUCUUGCCGUGUCGUCUCACCGUGCCCGCGCGUCUGCGUUGCUUCCGCCGAUGAAGGAAGUUCCCACGGCGACCCUGGCCCGCCUAUGGUCGCUGGCGGCGUCCCUGCAGAGCCUUGAGCGGAUUCUCCAGGAGUCAUUUGACUCCAUGCCGUUGUGGUUGAACACGAGCGGAAUGCUCGCUGCGGUAGAGGCGGACCGCAUUGAGCUGUGCACUUCGGGGAUGAGAAGCGUGAGUGAAGCUCUUUUUGUAAUUCUCAAGCCAAUGUUCAGAGCAGCCAUGCUGAGGCAAGCAUUGAAGAGGAGAAUAAGGUCUCUUGAUAUGCAGCUGGCAGCGGCAAGGAGAGAGGAGGCUGAGAGGGAAAGAGCCAUGGAAUGGAGUGAGCUGAGAAGGCUACUGGAUGAAAUAAGAGAUGGAGAGAAAGCAGUACUUGCUGAGGUGGUGAGGGAGAGGGAGGAGCGGGAGAAGGUGAGAAUGGAGAUACAUGAGUUGAGGGAGCGACUGGGAGAGGCAUUGGGUGGUGGUGCAUUGGCGAGUGUGUUGAGAGAGCGAUUGGGAGAGGCGAUGGGUGGUGGUGCAUUGGCGAGUGUGUUGAGAGAGCGAUUGGGAGAGGCGAUGGGUGGUGGUGCAUUGGCGAGUGUGUUGAGAGAGCGAUUGGGAGAGGCAAUGGGCAUUGGUGCAUUGGCGAGUUUGGUGAGGGAGCGACUGGGAAAGGCAAUUGGCGGUGGUGCAUUCGAAAGUGCGUUGAAAGAGUGUUUGGGAGAGGCAAUGGGCAGUGGUGCAUUGAAGGGAGAGGAGGAGAGGGAGGGAGGGGGAGAGAGGGUUGGACCAAGGGAAGGGGAGGAAGAAAAGGUAGUGGUAGAGGAAGGGGGGGGAGAGGAGGAGGGAAAGGAUGAGAGGAUGAAGGUGGAGUGGAGGGAGGGGAGGAGGGAAGAGAGGAAGAGGGUGGAGAGGAGGAGGGAGGAGAAGAGGGAGGAGAGGAGGCGAGAUGAGGAAUGGAGGGAGGAGGAGAGAAGAGAUGAGGAGAGAAGGACGGAGAGGAAGGAGAAGAGGAGGAUGGAGGAGAGGAGGAAGGAUGAAUGGAAGGAGGAAAGGAAAAGGGAUAGGAAGUGUGGAGGUAGGGGAAGUUGA